AUGGAAUGCCUUUCUGUCAUUUGGAUAAUUGGGAUUAUUUUCACUUUCAUUCUGGACACAAUAACCAUGUUUAUGAUGGGAAAGAUUAUCAAUGGUGUUGCAAUUGGUAUGUCAUUUGUGACCAUACCAAUCUACCAAUAUGAAAUCAUCCCCAAUAGAAAUCGAGGAAGAAUAUUAUCAAUCUUCAUUUUUACCUGUUCAUUGGGCAGUCUUUUCAUUUACAUGAUCAGAUUGAUAUCGGAAAACUUUUUGAAUGAGUCAAAGUAUUCCAGGUUGCAUUGGGCAAUAGAAGUGAUUCCAUUGAUUGUUGCUGCUGCUUCCAUAAUAUUCAUUCCGGAAUCUCCCAAAUGGUUAGCUGCGAAUUCCGAAUGGCAAACUGCGGCAGAUGUGUUGGAACUGAUUGAAGUUAAGAACUCUUCAGGGUUUGAGAAACGGAAACAUAAAGAAGAAAGAACCAGAUUAGGAGAUAAACAUUAUGUGAUUAAAAAGUAUUCUACUGGCGUUUGCAUUAAAAGUUGUUCCCUCAAUGGAUUAUUUGGAAAGAAAUACAUUCGAGAAGUGUGUAUGGGUAUCUUAUUAUUAUUCUUUGUUGAUUUUACAUCCAUCAGUAAGAUAAUGGAGAGUUUGGAUUAUAUUUGCCAAUCAUGUAAUAUAGAGGGUGAUAAUUUGAAAACAGCAACAUUGUUUGAUUUGCUUGUUCGGGUUUUAUUUUCAACGGCUCCUAUAUUAAUCCUAGAUAUGAUGAGAAGAAAGGAUGUUUUAGUAUUUGGCAUGAUUAUUGUACUGCUAAUUAUGGUCACUUAUAUGAUUGUGUUCUUGGCCUUUUCUGAAAAGGUUUCAGUAGAUUAUACACAACAGGCAUAUGAUUGGAUUAUUAAAGUGAGAUUUUUUGAUGAAAAGGCUUCUUUGAUUUUAGCAUUGACUGCGUUUCUUGAUGUUAUUUACUAUACAAUGCUAGUACCUACAUCUUGGUUGUAUAUAAUUGAAAACUUUUCAAGUAGUUCUCGAAUUAAAGGUUGGGUUGUGAUUAUGAGUUUACAUUGGUUGUUUGAAGCAUGUACUUCUUUGGCAUUCCCAUUCUUAUUGGAGAAAUUAAAUGGAUGGUUGUUUUUGAUAGUUACUUUUAUUUGUCUUGCUGGAGCUUUAUUUACAACCCAAUUGGAAGAAACUAAAGGCAAGUUUGAAUUUGAUCCGGAGUAUAUAAUGAGGGAUACAAGAGGAGAGUUGAGUGAUGAUAAAACUGUAACUGCCCAGCCGAUUCCGUUGAAGAGUGACCUGGUUCAAAACUCAAUUCCGAGCAAAAACAAGGUAUCUAAAACUACCGAUUCAACAGGUAACAGUAGUAGUGUGAAUAAGAAUUUACUUGAUGCAUAUAUGUUAUAG